GCAAAACUGAACAGCCACGAAGUAGAAAUGUACAUGUGCAUGAGAUCAAAAAACUGAAAUAAAUCAUCUUUGUUUGUGUUUUCGGAAAUCCUGUCAUCUUCAUACCGAUGUUUAUGGAUGGUAAUAAGAACUGCACUGAAGAGGCAAAUGAUAACAUGACAAUCUUCUCCCCAAGACUCACCACAGAUGGAUCGUAACCCAUCGCCGCCUCCCAACAGAGAUGAUGAGACUGGUGAAGAGGACGAUGCGAUCGGAGAUACCGUGUAUAGCAAACACUGGCUUUUUAGCACCUUAACUCGCCUUAUACAGAUGGUGACGGAACAGGACUCAGAACAAGGACAGGGUCUGACAGAACUAUCUGAUGAGCUUGAGGAAGAGCUGUGUAAAGUCUGGGACAUGGCCAUGGAUAAGGAUGUGGCUGGUUUUCUGCAGGAGUUCAAAACGCCAGAUAUCCUGCUGGGAGUAAUUGCCAAGUCGCGUAAUCCACGCCUUACUGAAAUCUGUAUAGGAAUUCUGGGAAAUAUGGCCUGUUUCCCUGAUACAUGUGUGUUUAUAAGCCAAAAUGAUGGAUUAGGUGCUGUUCUGCUCUUACUUCUGGGUGACAGCGAUCCUCCCACACUGUUAGAGACAUGUCGGCUUCUCCUGACCUGUGUCUCUCAACCAGAUGUCUCCCCCUUGUGGCUACAGAGGAUACAGCAGCAGACAUCCACAUGCAAAAGCCUGUGCUUCAUAAUGCGCAGUUCUACUAAUGUGGACUUGUUGAUAAAGGUAGGGGAACUUGUUGAUAAGCUGUUUGAUGAGGAUGAGGAACUGAUGAAGAGCUGGCUGUCUGGGCUAACAAGUGAGAGUGACCAGGACCAGGACAAGGACACACACCAGGAUGUUGCUUCUGCAUUACUGGAGGCUGCUGUACAGCUUAGGAAGGAGAGUCCAAAGGCUCUUGAAGCGUAUCUGCAUGCUCUUCAGCUCUUAACUACUGUAGAUGAAGGGGUGCAGAAUCUCGUUUCAGAUGAAGGGUGUGGUGUUUCAUUAUGGAAGGUGGUGUGUGAAGUUGUGUGUGAGGAUCUGUGCCAGCCGGAUGACCCUCCUCUCAUCCUACAGGAGCAGAAGGCCCUCUUGGCCCCUGCCCUCGCAAUACUAUCUGCCUUAUAUGGCAAUCUUCAGACAAACAUUAGUUCUGAAUUGGUGGCUAGUCUUCUUCGUAUUCUGUACUUUGAUCAUGAAAAUCAGCAGGAGGUGCAUCAGGAGUCAGGAGAACCACAGACGGAUGGAAAGACGGACGAGGAAAGAGAUGUACAGCUCCAGGUGUUGGCUGAGAUAGCAGCAGAGUUACUGUCGACGCUGAUCACACAUCUGCCUAAGGACGUUGUGUCAGAGUUACUGAAAAUGGAUCAUCUGACAGAGAAGAUCUGGGUGUCGGCUAUGAAGACAAUGUUGCCACAGCACAACGCGUCUGUGCUGUGCUUCAUUAACACACUGAUCGAGGUGGAGCCGAAACUAGCAGACGUUCUAAAGAAGGAAUGUUCCAUUGCAUCUGAAUCAAAUGAGCCUAAACCAGAGCCAGUGUAAAACGGAUUAAAAGUUUUGGAGUAAACAUUUCGGAAUAUUCCUUGAAUAUACAGUAGUCAGUGAGGCUUUUGGUGCUGUUUUUGAUGUUUUUGUUGAUGUUUUUGUUUGAUGAUCCUGUCUUGUCUCAUCCUCUCAUUGUUUACAGCACCGUACUGAGCUUUUAAGUGUGUGUCCAGACCGAAACAAACAUUUGACUCACAGACACUGAAAGUGAUGUGUUCCUGUCGUCUUCUGCGUAUCUGUGCAUUAUUGUAAUAAUCGGCCUAUUUAAUAAACAAACCUUUCUUAAA